GAUAUUGCUGUUGCUGCAAUAUGUUCAGUUGGUAAAUGUGGGGGAGCACGAGCUGAAGCCAAAGAUUUAGGGCCGAAAUGCAUCCAGUUUUUGUCUCAGAUGCCUCUCCUACAUGGAAAUAAAUUGCUAUUUAUAAAAUACCUUCCCUCUCCUUGUUCGGCCGAGGGCCCUUCCCGAGUCGUUGGACGAAAUUCAAUUGUCGCUAUUGUAUUAUGGCGAAUAGCAGGAAUACUUGGAAUGCCCGAUCGUAGACCACCUUCAAUUCAAAGUAUUUCAUCCAGAUGA